AUGGAGGAUCACCCUAUGUAUAAACUAGAAGUUCAGGGAGUCUCUAUAUGGGGCUUACUUGAUUCAGGGGCCGAUUGCAGCAUUAUAAAAGAAGCAGAUUGGCCAAAAGGUUGGCCCCUUCAGACCUUUGCUCAGGCUCUUCGAGGUCUUGGAUUUGCACAAGACCCCAGCUGCAGUGCCAGUAUCCUCCAUUGGAAGGAUGAGGAGGGGCAUAGGGGCAGUUUUCAGCCAUUUGUUCUUCAAAUCCCCAUUUCCUUAUGGGGAAGAGAUGUUAUGACCAAGAUGGGUGUAAAAGUGAUUUCAGAAAAGACUUAUAGUCCACAAAGUCAAGCUAUCAUGGAUGGGAUGAACUAUCAGAAGGGUAAGGGUCUUGGCAAAAAUGAGGAUGGACGACUCUCAUAUAUCUCUCCUAGAGGCCAAAGUGGCAGGGAGGGGUUGGGUUUUUCCUAG